UCGUCCAUUUUGUGGAGCUGGACAUAACGAGCGAAGCGAGGGAUACGGGUGUGAAAUCAGCAACUGAAAUAGAGUGGCGUUUUGAGAAAGAAGAAAAAAAAACAGGUAUUCCUUCACAGAUUUACAACAUGAGUGGAGUAAAUGUGAAGAAGCUGAAAGUCAACGAGCUGAAAGAGGAACUUCAGCGGCGAGGCCUGGACACCCGUGGCCUGAAAGCGGACCUCGUCGACAGGUUGCAGGCUGCACUUGAGGCCGAGGCCACUGGGGAAGGAGGCGGGCCGCCGGUUGCCCUCGGAGAGGGCUACGGCAUCGGCGGGGAAGCCGGAGACGGCGAUGACUAUCAGGAUGAAGUAGAUGAAGUUGAAGGUGAAGAAGAAGAUGAUGACGAGGAGGAGGAGGAAGACUACCCUGAGCAGCAGGAAGAGGAAAACGGAGAAGGAGGGGAAAUGGACAGAGAAGAAGCUUCUGAUAUGGGCUACGGCAUGAACGAGUAUGCUGCAGGCAACGUGCCGGAGAUCAAACAGGAGUACGAGCAGGAGCUGCUGGAGCCGGAGCCGGAACCGGAGCCGGAGUCAGAGCCAGAGCCACAGGUGCAGGAGGAAUCGCCGCUCCUGGAGCAGCCGGAGAGUAAGCCGGAAGAGUAUAAGAUGAAAGAGGAACUGAAGAAGGAGGAGGAGCCGGAGCAGAAGCAGGAGCAGGAGCAGUUUGAGAAGCCAGAGGAGGAGCAGCAACAGCAGCCAGAACCAGCCAAUGAAUGGGAGGCUCAGGAGGCAGCCCAGCCUAAGGUCGAAGAUGACCGCCAUGGCCCUUACGGCCGUAAGAGAUCUUACGAUGAGGCCCGAGGGCACGGCUACUAUGAGCACCGUGAAGACAAGAGGUCCCGCUCCCCCCAGCCUCCAGCAGAGGAGGAAGAGGAGGACUUUGAUGAUACUCUGGUGGCCAUUGACACAUAUAACUGCGAUCUGCACUUCAAGGUGUCUCGUGAUCGGUACAGCGGGUACCCCCUCACCAUCGAGGGCUUUGCAUACCUGUGGUCAGGAGCCAGGGCCUCCUAUGGUGUUAGCAAAGGCCGCGUCUGUUACGAGAUGAAGAUUAAUGAGGAGAUCUCUGUGAAGCACCUGCCCAGCAGUGAGCCCGACCCCCAUGUUGUGCGUGUGGGCUGGUCUUUGGACUCCUGCAGCACACAGCUGGGUGAGGAGGAGUUCUCCUACGGGUAUGGAGGAACAGGAAAGAAAUCCACAAACUGCAAAUUUGAGGAUUAUGGGGAGAAGUUUGGCGAGAAUGAUGUCCUUGGCUGUUACAUUGACUUCGAGAGUAGCGAGGAGAUUGAGAUCGCUUACUCGAAGAACGGGAAGUGGCUUGGAGUGUGCUUCCGCGUCAACCGGGAGGAGCUGGCAGGACGGCCGCUCUUCCCCCACGUGCUCGUCAAGAACUGCGCCAUCGAAUUCAACUUUGGCCAAAAGGAGGAGCCCUACUUCCCUCUGCAGGAAGGGUUUACCCUCAUCCAGAACGUCCAGCUGGAAGACAGGACCAGGGGCACCGUGGGACCUGCCACUAAGGCGGAAUGCGAGAUCCUGAUGAUGGUGGGCCUUCCUGCAGCUGGCAAGACCACGUGGGCUAUGAAGCACGCAGAGGAGAACCCUGGCAAGAAGUACAACAUCCUGGGCACCAAUGCCAUCAUGGAGAAGAUGAAGGUGAUGGGCCUGCGUCGUCAGCGGAACUACGCGGGCCGCUGGGACGUUCUGAUCCAGCAGGCCACGCAGUGUCUGAACCGGCUGAUCCAGAUCGCAGCCCGUAAGAAGCGCAACUACAUCUUGGACCAGACAAAUGUAUAUGGAUCAGCCCAGAGACGAAAAAUGCGUCCUUUUGAAGGUUUUCAACGCAAGGCUAUUGUAAUUUGUCCCACGGACGAGGAUUUAAAAGAGCGAACGUUAAAGCGAACUGAUGAGGAAGGGAAGGAUGUGCCCGAUCAUGCUGUGUUAGAAAUGAAAGCCAACUUUGUGCUCCCAGAGGCUGGCGAGUUUCUUGACGAAGUGACCUUCAUUGAGGUGCAGCGGGAGGAAGCGGACAAGCUGGUGAAGCAGUACAACGAGGAGGGCCGCAAGGCCGGGCCCCCCCCAGACAAGCGCUUUGACAACCGGCAAGGCGGCUUUCGCGGCCGCGGCGGUGGCUACCAGCGCUAUGACAACCGCGGCGGCCCCCAGGGAGGCCGGGGAGGCUACCAGAACCGUGGUGGAGGCGGAGGCGGUGGCUUCCGGGGAGGAUACAACCGUGGCGGGUACAACCAGAACCGCUGGGGGGGCAAUCACCGGGACGGAGGCGCAGGGGGGCGCGGGGGAUACAACCGCAACCAGCAGUCCGGAGGCGGCUACAACCACAACCGCCAGGCCCCCUACAGCAAGGGAGGCAGUGGGGGCGGCUACAACCAGGCGCAGCCACAGAGCUACAACCAGGGUUACAGUCAAGGGUACAACCAGGGCAACUACAGCCAGGGCUACAACUACGCCAACUACGGCCAGUACCCAGGGUAUAGCCAAGGCUACAGCCAAACCCCUGCUGCCACUGGGCAGACCUACAACCAGCAACAGAACUACAACCAGCAGUACCAGCAGUAUGCACAGCAGUGGCAGCAGUAUUACCAGAACCAGAGCCAGUGGAACCAAUACUACGGGCAGUACGGGAACUACGGCAGCUACUCCGGCCAGGGCACUCAAGGCACCCAGGGCUCCCAGGGCACACAGUAGCGCCCCCUACAGCCCCUCACCCUGCAGUGACACAUGGCAGAUGGAUGGCGUCCCCUUCGGCAGCAUCUCACCACUUCUCCCCUCUGUCUUGUGUCCCUCUCCAUCUCCACUCUACGCCCCCCCCCCCCCCCC